UUUCACGUCAUAUUGCAGAUUUUAGGAAUGUUUUAAAAAUAGAUAUUGCUAUUCGUUGAAGCAGAUUUAUCUAUGGUUACAAUUUAAAAAUAUAUAUAUGACAUUGUCUGGAUACAAUCAUGUUGAUAUUCCUCGGUUGUUUCGAGUGCACGAAAGUGUCGAACUGUACUGGGUGUAGUAGUAGAUCUGGGUGGCCGCCAGAGGUGGCAAAAGUACACGCACAGUACAGGAAUAAAAAGUCGAAUAUACUUUAAUGUAAAAGUACCGGUAAUGAGGAUUUUUUUUUACUAUUAAAACCGUUUUAACUAAGUUAAUACAACAAUUACAAAAGUGUCUAUAUACACAAAAUAGGUUCCUUUUUUUAAUGACUAACAAAAGGUUCUAACUGAGAAUUGGAAAAAAAGAUGGUUCAUUAAAAUAAGAUCAUGUAUGAGGAAUAUUUAGCUUUUCUGAAUCAGUUGCCAUUAUUGUUCAGGGUCCCCAGUACAUAUUCCUCCAACUUGCUGUUUUUCUUUUUUUCUGCUUUCCAAGUCCCUCAGAUAUGAGAAUAGGUCACGAUCUCAGCUGUGAUUGUCUUUCAGUUUUACAUUCAUAUUUUUGUGUCGUGUCAUCACCUUGAAUGUAAAAAAUUGCAACCAGAAUGUCCUUUAUGUAUUUUGAACAAAUGAGUGUGGUCGUAUAAACGUAAGAUGUUCGACAUUUUACCCCAUCCCAGUGUGUGGCUGGGAAAACCGAUGACUCAGUCAGUAUACAUUAAAAAAAAACUAUUAAAAGCAGAAAUCCCAAGGAAAAAAUGUUUCUUAUUGUCUAACAACUAGUUACUACCUAGGUUUUCAUUUUGUUUGUGAUCAAUGUUUAAAAAAAUAGAACUUACUAUCACUGUAUGUGUUGUUUGUUUAAAAUGCUGGUUGGAGGUGUUGAGUUGUUAUUCGCAACAAGAACAUAAUGUCCCUUAGUCUCUCAGUGGAAAAAUGUCAUCUCUCAUUCUUUUCCAACGCAGUCAAACAUUAAGCUAAAUAUUAACAGAGUUUAAGUCCUUUGGCCACAAGUAUUUUCAGAGUUGACAUUUCCUCAUUUGUUUGGAGGUUACCAAUAGUUAUCGUUAUAGUUACCUUCUUGAUCGUUAAUUAAAAAAAAAAAGUGGUGGAGCGCUAACUUCAUGAUGAUGGGCCAAAACAUGUCAUAUCAAUGUUUCAUCCACAGGAAUACUGUAUGUACUUAUUAUCCCAAUUCCGGCAGUUAUGAGUCAGUUCAAGAAAUGAGUUUGAAAUGAUGCAUUUCUAUGUACGCUUUUUGGUUUGGUUUUGUUUGAGUGAAUGUAGAAGAUAUCUUUUUGUGGACCUAAAAUGUGGAUUUAACAGGAUUAAUAAAACCGGAACUGGUUGGAUAUCAAAUGCCGUUAUGAAUGGAUUUUAGCUGAUAAACUGGAGGAAUUGAGAUGACUAAUCUCAUUGGUAUUCUGGAUUUUAAUCGGAGAAUUAGGUGUAUCAAUAGCCGGCCUCAAUACCUGUUUGCUCAUUCCGUUUUUGAAGAGACAUUUGAAUGAAGAGACAAACAACAGGCUGUCUUGUGCACACAGUGGGGAAAAAAAAGGAAGGCGUGGUCAUGGCUGUUGAUUACUUUCCUCUGGGUGACUAUGAGACAGAACAAGCGGGAAAGGACAGCGAAAAACGGAGUGCUGGAGACAUUAAGAUUGCGAGUAAUUUCCAGACGUCCUUCAUGAACAAGCGGUGUGACCAGUUUCAACAUGAAUAAUAACCAGACAAAUGGUCCCACGUACGACAACAUCGGCUUCCAGCAUGAGGAAAGUCGACCCCCGCCAUUUGCCCCACAGCAAGGGAUCUAUCCUACUCUCCCUGAGCCGACUCCAAGCUACGUCGCCUUUGCUCCCAAACCGAUCAACACCCACCAAACGACGACACCUGCUGCGCCACAAAAUACCACAGAAAAUAAAGGAAAAACGAGGUGUGCAUGGAAACGUAUCCUGUGUGCAUCCAUAUGUGUAUUUCUUGUUCUGGUGAUCCUCACCCUCUUAUUGUGGUACUUCCUGUACUACCAGUGUGCACUGGGCAAGUCAUGCAGGUAUAGUCUGAAGUGUCUACGCACCUCCCAGUGGUGUGAUGGUGUCACAGAUUGUUCGCAUGGCGAGGAUGAGUCCAACUGCUUUCGCCUUUCUGGAAGCAACUUUAUGCUGGAGAGUUUCUCAUCUGAGAGCCAAUCGUGGAUUCCUGUAUGUGGUGACAGAUGGGAUGACAAUUUUGGGAAAGCUGUGUGUGGGCAGAUGGGUUACAAGAGGCAGGAUUAUGUAACCUCCAGGCAAACAAAUGUGGGCACUUUAGCCUUGAGAGGAUUCAUGAAGCUGAUGCCUGGCAGCAACCAUAAAUCGCUAAUACAGUCCCAACUCUCUUUCAGUCAAAGUUGCAAAGGAAAAUCUGUUGGUCUUCGUUGUAUGGAUUGCGGAGAAAGUUCUGCAUUCCUCAGCAGUCGCAUUGUAGGGGGUACGGAGGCUUCAAAUGGAGUCUGGCCAUGGCAGGUCAGUCUCCAGAUUUCUCGUCGAGGACACGUUUGUGGAGGCUCCAUUAUCAGCUCAUACUGGAUUGUAUCUGCUGCGCACUGCUUCCAAAGGUUCUCCAGUCCAUCAGUGUGGACCGUGUACUCCGGCGACAUAAGCCUGCUUAAAAUGAGCCAUUAUUACGGCAAAAAAGUUGAAAAAAUCAUCAGUCAUGAGAAGUAUGACUCUGAAACAUACGACAAUGACAUCGCACUUCUGAAGCUUGACACACCUUUGACGUUUUCAGAGAGAGUAAAGCCGGUGUGCUUGCCAAACUUCGGCAUGGAAUUCUUAGCUGGAGAUGCAGCAUGGAUUACAGGUUGGGGAUCUUUGCGAUCAUCUGGUCCAUCCCCAGACAAACUCAAUCAGGCUUUGGUGACAAUUUACAGCAGAGAGGCGUGUAACAAUCGUGAAAUAUUAAACGGGGCAGUUACAGAAUCGAUGAUUUGUGCUGGCAAACUUAGCGGAGGCGUCGAUUCAUGUCAGGGUGACAGUGGAGGGCCAUUGGUGGUCAAAGAGGCGGAUGUGUGGUGGCUGGCUGGAGACACAAGCUGGGGGAUUGAAUGUGCUCUGAAGAACAAGCCAGGGGUCUACGGCAAUGUACCCUACUUUCUUGACUGGAUAUAUUGGAAGAUGCAGGUACAGUGACUGAAUGCAGCAGUAAUGACAUGAGCCUUGAAGAACAGUGCAUAAUUAGCAAGCAGGUAUUUUUCGUAAGGUCAACAUCACAGUGCAGAGGUACCCGGUUCAGUUCCAGCUCCGGUCUCCCUGUGUGAAGUUUGCAUGUUCUUCCCGUGCUUGCGUGGGUUUUCUCCGGGUCCCUCCUACAUUCCAAAAACAUGCAUGACAGACAGAUUGAAGACUCUAAAUUGUCCAUAGGUGUGAGUAUGA